AAGUUUAACUCCACACCCACCCCUUCCUCUACCAGGAAGAUUUUUAUAUCAUUAUGUUUGUACAUAGAUGUUAAAAAUCGUUGUUAAUAAUUGCUAACCUCCGAUGAAGCAAAAAAUAAUUUCAAAUGGUUAGAAAAAGUUCAGGUGUUAAGGGCGGAGGGACGAUGCCCACAAAUGAAGAGUGUGGAAUCCGUGAUGUCUGGGGACACAAUCUUGAAGAAGAAUUUCGUACAAUUCGCCAGGUCGUUCAGCAAUAUCCGUAUGUUGCAAUGGACACUGAGUUUCCAGGCGUUGUCGCACGACCGAUAGGCGAAUUCAGAACAAGUGCUGAUUAUCAGUAUCAAUUACUCCGUUGCAAUGUUGAUUUAUUGCGGAUUAUUCAAUUAGGACUCACAUUUUUAAACGAAUCAGGUAACACACCGGGAGGUGGUUACACGACUUGGCAAUUUAAUUUUAAAUUUAAUCUGCAAGAAGAUAUGUACGCUCAAGACAGUAUAGACAUGUUACAAAACAGUGGGAUUCAGUUUAAAAAGCAUGAAGAAGAGGGUAUUGAUCCAUUGGAAUUUGCAGAAUUGUUGAUGACUUCAGGGAUUGUCUUGAUGGAUGACAUUAAAUGGCUCUCAUUUCAUUCUGGUUACGAUUUUGGCUAUUUAUUAAAACUACUUACUGACCAAAAUUUACCACAAGAGGAGAGUGAAUUUUUUGAGCUACUCAGGAUAUAUUUUCCAACAAUUUAUGAUGUUAAAUAUCUCAUGAAAUCGUGUAAAAACUUGAAAGGAGGAUUGCAAGAAGUUGCUGAGCAAUUAGAAUUACAACGAGUUGGUCCUCAACAUCAAGCAGGUUCUGAUUCUCUUUUAACUGGAAUGGUAUUCUUCAAAAUGCGUGAGAUGUUCUUUGAAGAUAAUAUCGACGAUGCUAAAUACUGUGGACAUCUAUACGGCCUGGGCACGUCAUUUGUAGUCAAUGGAACUGGUGGUUAUCUUGAGAGUAACGGCGACAAUUCUUCAUCAUCAUAAGUUAUAAUCUACCCAAAAAAAUUCAAUUAAACUGCUGUUACGUGGGUGUUAAUUAUUUUGCACAUAGCUUCCCAAAAAAAAAUUUAUAAGCAAAAUAAUAACUUGGAAUAAUCCAGUAAUAGUGAAAAAAAUACUAUUCAAAUUAGUCUCAUCAAAAUAUUUUUUCCUCACAAUUCAUCUUUACCAUAAUUAAACUUAAAUAAUCAAUCGUGUUUUCUAUUUAGAAAGAUAAUAAAUAUUACUAGCCAAA